AUGACAGGGAGUGCUGAAUUGUGGCGGGAAUGCGUGCGAUGGAUGAACGAAUGUGGUAUUUUAGAUGCAAAACAUCGUGUCACUGAACCAGAUGCACAUAUUGGUGAAUUCGCUACGAUACUUCGAGAUGGUGUCCUUCUUUGUUUGUUGUGUAAUAGGCUAUGCGAAAAUUGUAUCGAUACUAAAGAUUUACAACAAAGGCCUCAAAUGGCUCAGUUUCUUUGCUGCAAGAACAUUUGUGAAUUUUUGAAAGCAUGUAAAAACACGUUUGAAAUGAAGCCGGACGAUUUGUUCGAUCCCUGGGAUUUGUAUCGUCUAGAUGAUUUUGGUAAAGUGCUCAGAACACUUUCAAAAUUAUCCACGUCGCCAGUAGCACAGCUUAGUGGAAUUAGAGGUUUUCCAGCACGUUUGUCUGCGUUGAAUUUAGUGGAAUGCUACACUGAUAAAGUUAUUUAUAAAAAUCUUCGAGAAAGAGCAGAAGUAAAUGAACCUGUACUUGAAAACGCAUAUGAUAUCGGUUCGGCUGAAGAAGAAAAAACCAGUGGUAGAAUUUAUGAUUCUAUUAAAUGGUUGAAUUUUAAGCCUGAUUCUCGACGUGAACACUGUAUCAAAGAAUUGUAUGAUACAGAAUCAAAUUACGUUGAAAAAGCAUUGGAUAUGAUCAUCAAUAAUUUUUAUACACCUUUGGAGGAAGUCCUGUCAAAGGAUGAUCACAAAUUGAUUUUCAUGAAUAUAUUGGAAUUAGCAUGCAUUCAUCGCUCAUUUCGUGAUCACUUACGACAAGCUGUGUUUUAUACCGUAGGAUUAGAAAAACCAACUACUGAUGAAAAACUGGUGACAAUUGGCGAUGUCUUUAUAACAUGGAAAGAGAAGUUCGUUGCUUAUGGGGAAUACUGUUCAAAAUUACCGGAUUCACGUUCACGUAUCUCUUAUUUAGAAAAAACGGAUCCCACUGUUCGGCAGAGGAUAAUCGAUUGUGGCAUAGCUGCUAAUCGCAAUCAGUUUCAUCUUCAGGAUCUUCUCAGUAUACCCAUGCAGAGAGUUCUGAAGUAUCACGUUUUGUUGUCGGAGAUGAUAAAACUUACUUCUGUGGAUUCACCAGAUCGCUUACCAUUAGAAGAAGCGAAAGAAGCGAUGCAAGAUAUCAAUUCAUAUGUGAAUGAAAUGAAGCGUGACUAUGAAAUGCAACAGCUAGUUAUGGAUAUUGAAACCAGCAUUACAGAUCUUGAGCUUCCUGUUGGUAUGCACUUAAUUAACUAUGGUCGCCUUGUUAAAGAUGGUGAAAUUAAGAUUGCUGAUCAAAGCAAGGAUGGUAGCCGGUUAAAAACUCGUUAUGUCUUUGUUUUCGAUAAAGUGAUGGUUAUUUGUAAAAGUUUGAGGGGUAAUCAAUACUCUUAUCGAAGUGCCCAUAUUCUCAAUGACUACCGUAUUGAUGUCGAUAUAGACACUAACAAUAAAAUUGGGACAAUAACACGUAAAUUAACAGCUAAUGGUGGUUAUUAUUUUUCUUUACUGCAAGAUUUGGAUGACGGUACCACGAAUGUUCUCAACAUGUGCUGCAAAACCAUUUUGCAGCGAGACAGUUGGGUAGAAAACAUUGAAGCAGCACAGAAUAAUGUGCGUCCCAAAGAAAUGACGACAUCGGGUCAUAAUACAUUACAGUAUCAUAGUUAUGACAAAGCUACAGUUUGUUUUCAUUGUGAGAAACUUCUAGCUGGCCUUUUCUAUCAGGGCUAUCAUUGUAAUGAUUGUAAACGUAAUUUGCAUCGAGCAUGUUUAUCAAUGAGCAAAUGUCCAGGAGUUGGUUUUCUACAUCCAUCAAUUCCAUCAAUUCAGCUUGUGAAUAAGCGAAAGCAUGUCAUUCCUCUAGAACCUCAUGAAUGUGUGCGUGCUGUGCAGUCAUUUCGUUCAAGCGAUCCACGUUUUUUGUCCUUUGAAAUUAAUGACCUAAUUGAAAUCACUCAGCAAAAUACUGAUGGCACACUGAUGGGACGAGUUGUCGUAUUUCCUCAAAAAUUGGGCCUUAUUCAACCGGAGUAUGUUCGUCGAUUUCGGAUAUCAACUUCGUCGUUCCAUACGGGUACAAUGACAUCUUUAAAUAAUAUUACUUUGUCAUCACCGGUAGGACAAUGUGAUACACGCCUUUGUUCACCGAAGUCAGUGCUAACUCUUAACAGUGAAGAGUGUGGGCCGUUGACUGCAAUUGAAAAUGCGUUUUCACCUCGAAAAUCACAAAGUCAAGAUUAUGUAAACACAGAAGUUGCCGGCCAAAAGUGGUACCGAGGACCAAUGAAGCGUUGGGAUGCGGAAGAUUUGUUACGUGGUAACCCGGAUGGUACUUUUUUGGUGCGGUUUAGUGCUACACAACAAAAAUAUGUCAUUAGCAUAAGUUUCAAUAAUGACGUCAAGCAUACCAAAGUGGAGCAGUCAUCAGAUGGACGCUAUUACCUUGAUGAAAGUACAAUGUUUUCAAGUGUUGUGGAAUUGGUCAACUAUUAUCGGGAUAAUAAUUUACGAGAGUCAUUUGAAACUUUAAACACUACUUUGAGACAGCCUUUUGUGGAUAUACAAUCAUAUGUUGCUCUUCAUAAUUUUGAAGCGACAGAACCAAAUUUUCUCACUUUAGUGGUUGGUCAAAGAGUUUGUGUUAUUAGUAGAACUGGUGAAGAUAGAGGUUGGUGGAAAGGACGUAGCGGUAAUCGAGUUGGUUACUUCCCUCUUGCUUACGUGGCGCCAGUAGAAGAUGGUUCGUGA